AACACGUAUCAAGAUGAUCAGGGAAAAGAACGAAAAGCGGAUGGCAGAACUAGGUGACGCAUACAGAUCACCUUACUGCAACAGGGUAACCGACUUAUAUGAGCCACUUUUGGCACGUGACCAAACAAUCAUCUGUUAUCUCUUAGCUCCGGUGGGAGAUAUUGGGACAUUGAUAUACAAGUCUGACAGUGGAGUCGAAACGCUAAAAAUCAUAUUUGAAACCUUCCACCCAUCGCAAUACAUAUCAUAUGGUGGAAUGGACGCAUUUGUAGAUGUUUUAAAAUUUGAAGAGAAAAAAAGGGACAAAAAAUCAUCACCCUACAGGCUGUUCUUGCCAACUACAAUAUUGCAAGACGAAAUGUUUGAGCCAAAAAUCACAGAUAGUGAUCGAUUGAAAGUAUUCGGACCAAGCGUAGACGAUAUAUUGUGUAAGUAUCAGGUGAAGAAAGUUGACAAAGUUGAUCUCAUCUUCAUUCCAGUACUACUUUCUGAUCAUUACUGGUGCCUAUGCUUUAACAUGAAAAAUAGAGAUAUCGAGUUAAUAGAUAACUCUAGGUAUGCCUAAUCGUUUACCAAACGCUACCGUGGACGCCCCGAAAAGCUGCGGAGAGUUCUAAUACUAUACCUAAAAGGCAAAAUUGGACAAAAAGAGUGGAUAACAAAGUUGGAAAAGGCAAAAAUAAUUCGAAAGGAAAUGGAUUGGAGA